AUGCUACGAAACAAAAACCACGAUUGUAAACUCGGGACCUGGAACUGCAGAACCCUCACAGUACCUGGAAGCACCCGCAUUCUCACGGAAGAGGUGAGGGCUCGCGGCAUCGGAAUAGUAGCACUUCAAGAGGUGCGCUGGAAAGGAAUUACGGAGCGCCCCUAUCCCAGUGGUUGCAUGAUCUGCCAGAGCGGUGGUGAAAAGCAUGAGUUUGGUACGGCGUUCCUGAUCACGAAUGAGAUGCGAAAGCGAGUGAACGGAGGACGGCAGCCGAUCAACGAGCGCACGUUCAGGUUGAGGAUCCGUUGCAGGUUCUUCAACUUCAGCAUCAUUAAUGUGCACAGUCCGCACCUUGGAAGCCCCGAUGACGGGAAGGAGAUCUUCUACGGGAAGGAGUUGGCAGUACGCAGUUGGUGGGGGAGUACGACCGCUGCCCAAAACAUGACCAUUCCCAGCACCUUCUUCCAGCAUGCACAUCGGUUCAGCUGUACCUGGAGAUCGCCACAGCAGACAUAUUCCCAGAUUGACCAUAUUCUCAACGAUGGAAGGCACUUCUCGGAUAUUAUCGACAUUCGGAUCUACAGAGGAGCAAACGUCGACUCAGACCAUUUCCUGGUUAUGGUAAAGCUACGCCAAAAACUCUGCGUAGCCAAUUCGCAGCGCUAUCAGCCUACCCCAAAGCUCAAUACGGAUCGGCUGAGGCAAGUACUAUCCGAGAAAAACAUAGUGCGUUCCAAAAUGCUCCGACGCGAGACUCGGCAGAACGUGGAGAACUGUAAACGACUGAGAAGGCAGCAGACCCGGCUCUUUCAGAACAAGAAGCGCAGCUUAGAGGAGUCGGAUGUGCAGCUGAUGGAGCAGUUAUCUCAGUCGGGGGAAUCUCGCAAGCUCAUGGAUGCGGCACGAAGCGGAUUUACUCCCAUGUUCGCCAAGUCCUGUCGGACGAGCGAGAAGUGA